GAAAGAAAAGGUUUGCUGCAACUGUGACCACCAGAGGCGUACGUGUGGCGCUAUAGCUUGGAAGGCACCGUCAUGAACAGCAAAUCUGUCGCCCGAUGCAUGCGGUGCUAUAGCUCCGAAGACGACAUCGUCGAGACCAUCGAAUCUGUCGUGCGGCAAUGUGCGAAUCUCUAUCAUCCCUGAUGCCACCAUCUCCAUCACCACCACAACCGUCUAGGCCGCCGGGACAGUCACCGGAGUACAAGCACUUCUGUCGAGUAUGCAACAAGGGGUUCACGUGCGGCAGUGCGCUCGGUGGGCAUAUGAGAGCCCACGGCGCUAGUGACGUCGACGGCUUCGGCGCCGACGAUGACUUGCUCGGCGAUGAGGCGUCCACACGAUGCCUAGCUGCAGAUCAGUGGGACACGGUGGGAACGUCGGCGACUCAUGCGUACGCGCUUCGGGCGAAUCCGAACAGGCUGAUCAGGAGCUGCCAGCUGUGCAAAAACUGUGGGAAGGAGUUCACGUCAUGGGAGCUUUUUCUUCAACAUGGUAAAUGCAAUUCAGAGGAUGAGGAAGAAGAAGAGGAGGUGGAUGGGUUGGGCUCGCUACGUUCACCGUCGCCUCCCUCGGACGCCGACAGUGAGGAGGAUCCAACGGUGGCAGCCGCAUGGUCAAAAGGAAAGCGAUCGCGCCGCGUCAGAGCGGAGGAGACUUCUACCGUGGCGCCGCCGGAGCGGUGCACAUUAGGAGAGGAGGAGGACCUCGCAAAUUGUCUCGUCAUGCUCUCAUCCUACAAAUCCAACAGCAAGCAGCAGACGACUAUUACUGCAACGGAUCAUCAUGAGCCUGCAUGUGCAUCUACCAAGAAAGGUGAUGGAGAGCCACCAUUGCAAGUGCAACCAAUCUCUUUUUUCACACAGACACAAGAGUCAGUUAUGGCACUGCCUUCGCCAGUAGCUAUGGUGCCACAGUACAUAUCACCCGCAUCACGUGGAGUUUUUGAGUGCAAGGCAUGUAAGAAGGUGUUCACCUCGCACCAAGCACUUGGUGGGCACCGGGCCAGCCAUAAGAAAGUGAAAGGCUGUUUUGCUGCCAAGUUUGAGAGCAAUGCUAGUGAACCAACACGCCAUUCAACGGUCAUUGAUACCAACAAUGGCAACGGCACUAGCAAUGGCAAGGCUACUGCUGUCGAUGAAGGCAAUGCAGGUGCAAGCACAGAUGCCACAAGAGUUUUCGCUACAACUGGCGUCGAGGCCAAUGUAGGGAUGAGUACUGAGGCAACAUCAUCACUGUCAAUGGCGCUUUUGCCCAUCGGACACAAUCCAUCAGCCGCCACCACGCUCGCCGUCGCAGCGCAAUGCAAGAAAAAUGCCAAGAUGCAUGAGUGUUCAGUAUGUCACCGCCUGUUCACCUCUGGGCAGGCACUCGGAGGCCACAAGCGAUGCCACUGGCUCACCUCAAACACAUCGGAUCCUUGCAACCCGGUGGCCAAUGUGAUCCCACCCCUAACUGAAGAUCUCGUCGGCGUAGUCAAACACCAGCUCAGCCUCCGGCCGAUGGUGGACGCGCCUGAGCCAGUGCUCGACCUCACAAUCGCGGCAAACCCGGUAGCACUAGCUGCUUCCACGGCGCGACCUGAGGCCACCAACAGCUCUUUCCGUCUCGACGUAGCACCGGUGCACUUGCCGCCACUGGUCGUCGCCGUUCCAGGUAAUGUUAGCCAUCAGAAGAAGGAUGUAGCGACGAGCAGCCAUGCCACGGAUGCGGUGGCGGAGGAAGACGAGGCGGACAGCACCACAGCCAAGAGAGCUAAGAUUAGCGACCUCAAAGACAUGGUGAGCAUGGACGGUGAGCCCAUGGAACCAUGGCUUCAGGUUGGCAUUGGUUCCUCAUCGGCCGCAGGAGAUGAUAGUUGACAAGGGCUGAGAAUCAACUAUUGAUCGAUCGACUAUGAGGUAUUACGAUACAUAUUAUUGUAUUAACUACUAACUCUAGCUCAGAGCAUGAAUGUACAAUUUGUGGAGUCUACUUUCUACUUUGAUUUCUCUUUUUUUAUUUAUCUAGGUUAGUAUAUACUUGCAUAAUCAUUGUAAGACUGAAAUGUACUUCGGUUAAAGACUAAUUAAAAGAAACAAUAUGGAAGACAAUAUUUUUCUCUUGCUA